GUGGAUGGCCCCACGCAGACGCACGGACCAACUCAUUCCCUUCCUUCCAUCAUCGCUGUCCGUCCGUCUGGUGUAGCAUUUCUGGUUUCUUUCUUUCUUUCUUUCCAGCGAAGCGAAAAAUUGCAAUUUGCAGCAUAGCAUUUGGGAAAGUGAAUUGCACGUCUUGAUCAUUGAUCAAACAAAUUCCAAUCCACCCGCUCUCUGCCUCGGAUCAUCCAUGGAUCAUCGCCGCUGCCAUCACCACGCCGGAGAAUUCGUGGCGGACGUGGUGCUGUGGCGCCGAGGCCGGGCCGACCUUAGCGCGCUGCUGCUGGCGGCCGCCGUCGCCUCCUGGAUCCUCUUCUUCCACGGCGCCUCGGGUUACACGGCCGUGUCGCUGGCCGCCGACGUGCUGCUCCUGCUGCUGGCGGUGCUGUACGCGUGGUCCAGGGCCGCGCGCCUCCUCGGCCGCCCCGCCCCGCCCAUCCCGGACCUGCAGCCGGCGGCGGAGGAGCUCGCCGCGCUGGUCCGCUCCGGCCUCGCCGGCCUCGCCUCCGCCUUCCGCCGCGUCGCGCAGGGCCAGCCCGGCUCCGGGCGCGUCUUCGCCUGCCUCGCCGCCGCCGCCCUGCUCGGCCGCGUCGCGCGCGACCUCCCCACCCUCUGCUACGCAGUUGUGGUGGGCGGGCUGACGAUCCCGGCGGUGUACCAGAGGUUGAGCAUGGAGAGGUACAUGAGGCUGGCGUCGCUCAACCUCUACAGAUACGAGGUCUUGUACCAGAGCUUCUCCCUCACCUGCUACCUCAGCGCCAGGGACUACCUCGUCGAGCUGCUCAAGGAACCAUGACCUUGAUUCAUUCCUUCAUGAGCGAUGAUGGAUGAUGCGACAUCGAUGAGCUUCUUUCUGCCUGCACACCUCUCAGAUUGUUUUUCGAUUCAUGAGUGAUGAUGGAUGAUGGAUGUUUUUUGAUCCACGAUUGUUUUUCCAGAGUGUGCCUGCUUAGAUAGAUUGAUUGAUUGGGUUGCUGCUGCUUAGGGCUGUUAGUUUGUGAGGUUGCUCGCUCGCUCUCAGUUUUUCUACAUAGAUAGAUGCAGGAAAUGGUUGUGUCUGUGAUGUGAUGAACUAUUUAUGGCUGGAGAUUGUCAUAAAUAAUUUGGUUGAUUGAUUUGGUUGGCUGUUGGCGUCUGAAUGUAUCUAAUUUGAUGGCUA